CAAGUUUUCGCCCAUGGCGAGUAGAGAAAGAAGUGUUGAAAAUAAAGAUGGCGAAGAAUUAUUUAUCGCGUCUUGUGUGAUUGUGUUAAAUGAAAACAUCGUGAAAGUGCUAAUAAAUGUCGAUAGUCAGUAAUGUUUAUGGAACUGCGAAUCGUCGCGAGUAGUUUUGACGUGAUAACUAGUGAAUCGUGUUGUUAUUGAAAGAGCGCCGAACAUGUCUACGCAUAUGUACCGCGUCGGAGAUUAUGUUUACUUUGAGACAUCUUCGGCUGCUCCUUAUCAAAUUCGUCGCAUAGAAGAACUGAACAAAACACCAUCAGGAAAUGUGGAGGCGAAAGUUAUGUGCUUUUAUAGGCGGCGAGAUCUACCGAACCACCUCAUUCAGCUGGCCGAUAAGCACCAAAUGUCUACAUCCGAUGAUCCUUCAGUUACUAUGAAAUUGAAGAAAGCAUGGCUAAGAACGCCAGUCGGAGAUGAACAAUUAGCUCAACCUAUUGUAGAUCCCCUGAUAGCGCCUAUAGACGAAGAGCGUACGAGUCCGAACGGUUCUAUAGGAUCAAAUAGCGACAAGGGCGAAAUAUUAAACACGAAACAACGUCACCAAGUCAAACAUCGAGAAUUGUUUUUAUCGCGCCAAGUCGAAACACUGCCCGCAACACAUAUUCGUGGAAAGUGUUCGGUGACGCUUCUGAACGAAACGGAGUCAUUAACUAGUUAUCUGAACAAAGAAGAUACGUUUUUCUAUUGUUUAGUGUUCGAUCCGAAUCAAAGAACGUUAUUAGCUGAUAAGGGUGAAAUUCGCGUGGGAAAUCGCUACCAAACAGAAAUAACGCCUUUACUAAAAGAAAACGAAUCGGAUGGCCGUGAUAUAGAAAAUUUAGAGACAUUAGUAUGGACACCAAAUCAUUCGCUUAGCGAUCGAAAAAUUGAUCAAUUUCUGGUAGUGUCAAGAUCAGUUGGUACAUUUGCCAGAGCAUUAGACUGUAGUAGUUCAGUAAAACAGCCUUCGCUUCACAUGUCAGCGGCAGCUGCGAGUAGAGAUAUAACUUUGUUUCAUGCCAUGGAUACUUUGCACAAGCAUAAUUAUUCUGUCGAGGAGGCAAUGUGUGCGCUGGUGCCGUCAAGUGGACCUGUACUGUGUCGCGACGAAAUGGAAGAGUGGAGUGCAUCGGAAGCUAAUCUGUUUGAAGAGGCUUUAGAUAAGUAUGGAAAGGAUUUCAAUGACAUACGCCAGGACUUUCUUCCGUGGAAAACGCUAAAGAACAUUGUUGAAUAUUACUACAUGUGGAAAACAACGGAUCGAUAUGUACAGCAAAAGCGAGUGAAAGCAGUGGAAGCGGAAUCGAAACUGAAACAAGUUUAUAUUCCGAAUUACACGAAAAAUGCCCCGCCAGCUGUCAACGCGCCAAAAGGAAUGUACAAUGGAAACUCAAAUCUGAAUGGGGGCGGCGAUCCGAUCUGUUUAAGUUCGAGCGGUAAGCCUUGUGAAUCUUGUUCCACAAUGCAAUCGCCACAGUGGUACACGUGGGGUCCAGCGAAUUUGAACUAUCGACUUUGUCAUAAUUGCUGGCAUUAUUGGAAGAAAUAUGGCGGUCUAAAGACAGCAUCACGACUUAUCGAAGGUGACGCGGAAAUACUGAAAAAGAAAGCCGCUGGGGAGGUAGAAGAUGAAAAAUUAAACGAAAUGUCGAAUCGACAACAGCAUAGGUGUGUAAGUUGCGGAAAAGAUUUUAAAUUAAAAAUUCAUUUAGCUCGACAUUAUGCUCAAGCGCACGGUAUAGCUAUAAGAUCAGGAUCUCCAAGGCCAAUAAUGAAAACUAGAACAGCUUUCUAUUUGCACACAACGUCCGCAACUCGUUUAGCUCGUCGUCUUUGUAAACAUAUUAUCAAACCGAGAAAGGCUUCACGCCAACCAUGUUACGCUAUCAAUAUUCAGGCUGUUAAGCAAGAAUUUUCUACCCAUAUGACUGGGAAGGUUCAAACGGAUAUGCAACAUAUGCUUUCGCUAAAGAAAAAGGAUCGCGGCAGUGUGACCAGAAUAGCUAAUCGUCUUGGUAAUCCGGGACCUGGACCAAAUGAAUGGUUGGUGCUGACGUUGAAGGAAAACCUUCCGAAGCCGGAAAAAAUUGCAUUUCCCAAACCACCGACAGCAGCUGACGGAAGUUUAGUUUAUGAACGAGUCCCCAAUAAAUUAGACGUUGAGAAGGAGAACACAGUAAACGCACCUACUGCCAAGAAAAGAACCUACGAUGAAACAAAUGGUACCGAGGGUUCACCAAUAACUUGUCCACCGACCAAACGACCAAACAAAGAUCCAAUGCCAUCUCAUCGACCGAGCCCUGAACAAUAUGCUGCAAUGAUGGCGGCGGCAGCAGCUGCUGGUCAGCCACUGCCAAGGCAUCACCUUAAUGGAAAACCGAAAAUAGCACAAAUGGCCAGAAGUGGAUCUGGUAGAAAACAGGUAAUAAGUUGGAUGGAUGCACCAGAUGACGUUUAUUUUAGAGCGACAGAGUCGAGCCGGAAAGCACGUAAAGCCUUAUCACUGGCUGAAUUAAGACGUGCUGCUCGAAAACCUUGGAGAAAUCUGCCUGUGGCGAUUCCGCCAAUAGUAUCUGCUCCCAGUGAUUUGCAGGUUGUGAUAUUAGACUGACCCGAACCUCAGCCGCACCCAUACACAAUGGAUGCCCUUUUGAAUACCUGAAAAAAAGCACAUUUUAGUGAUUAAUAUCCGGGAUAGUGUUUAAUUUUUUAUAUAUAAUAUAAAUGUAUUUAUUUAAAUUAAAUAGUACUUAUCUCCAUAACUAGCUUGUUUUCCACGCCGGCCAAAUGUUUGAGUUGAUAGUUGAAUUCUUUGCGUUAACGCUGAAGAACUCCACUGAAUUUCCAAUAGCAAUACAGUUACUUGCUUAAGCGGCUUCGAUUGACUACCAGCGGCCUGCCAGCGUGCAAUUGUUCCCUCGGUAGAAGAUUGCAAUUAUCAAUUUAACCACAUUUGCUGUGAAGCUAAUCAGAUACAUAACAGUGCGGUUAAUACAAAAGUCAACCUCUUGGUAAUCUAAUCGUCAAGGAAUUUCGGUUAACAAUAUCAAUUUUAACAUACACAACAUGAAAAACACAAAAAAAAAAAUAAGAAACAUUUUUUACAUAAUCUUACCCGUAAAUUACACAUAGGACUUUGUUUCUCGUAUGAAUCGAACUAAAACUACGUAAAUAUACAUAUAAAAAUUUGAAACAGCAUUAAUUGUAUUAAAAGAGAAAUGUGUAAUGGAAGGAGGAAAAUGGAUUCAUAUUGAAUUUAUUUUUAAAUGAAGCAUAUUUAGGUCAAACUUAAUUUUAAAAAUUUUGUAAAGAGUUAUCAGCAAGAAAUUAUAGUCAUUUUAGUGUACAAGUCAAACUUUCUUAAACUGUACAGAUCUACUGGAUAAUAUUAUUCGUAAUAUUAAACUUAGAGAGAGGGUUCUUGAGAGAAUUGGUUAAGGAUGAGAACCAGCAACAGAAAAUAAAUUUAGCAAUAAAAUAUGUUUUAUAAAUACUAGCUUUAAGAUGUUUAGAUAAUAUUUUAAAGUCUUUAAUGUAAAAAAGGAAAUAAUAUAAUGUUUAAACUCCAA